ACACUGAGCAUUGGUUUGGUUUGCUCCACCUCGCUCUUCUUUGCUAAAGACAUGCAUGUAUUGAGUGGCCUUACAUAGAGUUGUUGAGCUCAACUUGUGAUAAUGCUGACACUGAGAGAAACUCACCCAAGAGCUGCUCCGGAGGUUCAUGUGGUAACUUGCUGCUUCCGUGGCCUUGCCUUAGGCCAGUUGGCGAGCCUGGGGGUUUCUUCAGGAUUGAACUACAUCUGCCUGGUGUCUGUCUGCUUGCUGGAAAGACUGAACUACAGUUGCUGGUUCAUGUCUGAUGUCUGCUUGCUGAAAGGACUGGUCUGAAGCAGCUGAAUAGUAUUUGGUGUUUGCUACGGGACUGAAGUGUUGAGAAAGAAGAUCACGCUCAGCCCGGAAGAACAACUGCUGAACAGGUCCACUUCGCAUCCUAAUAACUUUCCUCUUCUAUUGCCUCUGCUGGAUGGUGGGCUAGAAAAGAGGUCGAACACUUAUUAAAAGUCAGCCGCAAAAAAUGUAUGCCUACAGGUGAACAUCUGGUAUCCGAGACAUUUGAAGCCAAAAUCCACCACUUAGAGACCCGGCCUGCCCAGAGGCCACUGGCGGGAAGCCCCCACCUGGAGUACUUUGUGCGCUUUGAGGUGCCCAGUGGCGAUCUGGCUGCCCUCCUCAGUUCUGUGCGUCGGGUGUCUGACGAUGUGCGCAGUGCCAGAGAGGACAAGGUUCCCUGGUUCCCAAGGAAAGUGUCAGAGUUGGAUAAGUGUCACCACCUGGUCACCAAGUUUGACCCUGACCUGGACCUGGACCAUCCGGGCUUCUCUGACCAGGUGUAUCGCCAGCGCCGGAAGCUGAUUGCAGAGAUUGCCUUCCAAUACAAGCAGGGUGAACCAAUUCCCCACGUGGAAUACACAAAGGAGGAAAUUGCUACCUGGAAGGAGGUAUACACCACGCUGAAGGGCCUCUAUGCUACCCACGCCUGCCGGGAGCACCUGGAGGCUUUCCAGCUUCUGGAACGGUAUUGUGGCUACCGAGAGGACAGCAUUCCACAGCUGGAGGAUGUGUCCCGCUUCUUGAAGGAGAGGACUGGCUUCCAGCUGCGACCUGUGGCCGGUCUACUGUCUGCCCGUGAUUUUCUGGCCAGUCUGGCCUUCCGUGUGUUUCAAUGCACACAGUACAUCCGUCAUGCCUCCUCACCUAUGCAUUCACCUGAGCCAGACUGCUGCCACGAGCUGCUGGGACACGUACCCAUGUUGGCUGACCGCACAUUUGCCCAGUUCUCCCAGGACAUUGGACUUGCAUCUCUGGGGGCUUCAGAUGAAGAAAUUGAGAAACUCUCCACGGUGUACUGGUUCACUGUGGAGUUUGGGCUGUGUAAACAGAACGGGGAGCUGAAGGCUUACGGUGCGGGGCUGCUGUCUUCCUAUGGAGAGCUCCUGCACUCCCUGUCAGAGGAGCCCGAGGUCCGGGCCUUUGACCCAGACACAGCGGCCGUGCAGCCCUACCAAGAUCAAACCUACCAGCCGGUGUACUUUGUGUCAGAGAGCUUCAGUGAUGCCAAGGACAAGCUCAGGAACUAUGCCUCUCGUAUCCAGCGCCCAUUCUCCGUGAAGUUUGACCCGUACACCCUGGCCAUUGAUGUACUGGACAGUCCUCACACCAUCCGGCGCUCCUUGGAGGGGGUCCAGGAUGAGCUGCACACCCUGACCCAAGCACUGAGUGCCAUUAGCUAAAUGCAUAGGGUACCACCCACAGGUGCCAGGGGCCUUUCCCAAAGUUCCCAGCCCCUUCUCCAACCUUUCCUGGCCCAGAGGCUUUCCCAUGUGUGUGGCUGGACCCUUUGAUGGGCUGCUCUUGCCCCCCCCUCACCAACUGCUUCUCAACCACAUCUUACUACUGCAUGCGUUUCAGGAUGGUCCUGCAUUCCUCCUGCCCUUCAUGCUGUAUUCUACCCUGAUUAUUAUCUCAAUA